AUGAGGAUCUCCCUUGCCAAGGAGGACCUUUGGCGGCAGUUCAACGAGUUCACCAACGAGAUGAUCAUCACCAAGAAUGGAAGGUAAUCAUUUUGAGUUCUGUCUUCUAUUUCUAGCUGGAUUCUGGGUGAAUUGGCUGGAACACUCCUUUUAAGUCCCAACCUGCCCAACUUCCUAGUUUUCAAGAAAUGAGGGCUUUAAGCCUCAAAAUAGUCUAUUUCAAGUAUUUUCGAGGUGUCCUUUCUCAGAAACUAGACGUUUUCAUAGGGUCAGACUUUCAGGAUCUUCUACUGGUACAUCAAAAAACCUUCUGACCAAUUUUCAAGAAGUUCUAAACCCCAAAGUGGACCUCCCUUGUGAGGUUCACUUUGGCAAGCUUUUAAAAAAUUUUUCCACCGUUUUUUAAUUCAGCUAGGACUUUUCAACACACCAAGUCUUAUUGAGAAAACGACUGAACCCAAUUUUACAGGAACCUUUUUCCAUGUUUGGAAUUCAAAGUCGAAGACUUGUCGCCGUUUGAGUUCUACACGUUCACCUUACAGAUUGAUCGAAUCGACUCGAACAGGUUUUUUGCUUUUUUAUUUCAUUUUUCAUGUUUUUUUUUAUUUAUCAAUUGGUUAUGUUCCUAUCGAAUCAGUUCUUGUUGCUGUUUUUGAUUCAAAAUUCUCGUAUAAAUCCAUUUUUCAAGUCUUUUUUUUUUGGCCGAAAAGUUCAUUUCUUUCCCUACGAUCUUUUCAGUAAAGUGGGUCUUUUUUUAUUGCAGUUCGAGUUUUUUUUAUUCUUUUCGUUCCUAUCAUGUUAUCUUCAAAAAAAAAAAAAAUAUUAGGACGAUGAUUUUUUUAAAAAAUUAAUCAGAGAAAGUUGAAUUUCUUCGUCUUUUUUUGACAGUUUAUAGCUUUAAGGACAGCUCAUUUCACCUGCGAGAACAAAAAUUAGUGUUUUUUCCACUUUAUUUCGAUUUUUCAAUACAGAAUUAAGGAAUAAAACAAUUAGAUAGACGCAGAAAAAAAUUCUCUGACUUGCAAAUUUAAAGCUUUUGAAAAAAUUGACUCUUACGUCGUUUUUAGGCUUAUUCCAAUUGUAAUUGCUAGAAUUUCCUAUUAAUCAUGCUUGGACUUUCUUAUAACAUCUUUCUUUUUCUUUUUCGAAAAUAUAUUUGGAUUGCUGAAUUUUUUUGUUGCUGAAAACCUUUUUAUCUAUUUUCAAAAUUGGUCCUAGCUCAAGGUCUUUAAAAUUUUCUUCCCAAAAAGCGUAAAAUCGGGAAAAAAAAAGAAAAAUCUUCGAAAAAAGCCAACCAAAGGAAGACCCUGCCUCAUAGUAACUUCAGAGCUCAACGGAAUUCUUGAAAAUGUUAUCCCUCUUGGUUUAUUUUUAACGACAGGAAGAGACCUUAGUGAUCACUGAAAAAUUCAGACACAAGUUCCAAGGAGGCGAAUGGAGCUCCAACGGUCCCGGAGAGCCCUGCGGACCUUCCAGGGUGGUUUGGCACCCGAGCGGAGUCAAGUCGGGCGCUGAUUGGAUGAAGCGCGACGUUUGCUUCGACCGAAUCAAGCUCACUAACAAUGUCGGCGUCACCGAUCCGAAUCAUGUAAGUUUUGAGCUUGACUAUGGGGUUGAACAGGAAUUCUGUGGUUGUCAUUAUAGUUCUCAUGUUGAGUAAAGUGAAAGAUUAAUUGAAUUCAAAGUCGAAAAAUCGUGAAAAUCGUUCUGCUUACGGUAGACGAUGAAUUCGAGAAAUUUGAGAGUUUCAAAACGAGAAAAUUCAAGUUAUAGAUCAGCUUUAAAGCUGCCAAAAAAAUGAUCUGACUUUUUUUAAAAAAAUCAAUAUUUCGGUUAAAAAAAGGGCAAAUAUUUUUCCGAGUAAAGUGAUUUCAAUAAAAUUCAGCGCGAAUUGGGAAUUUUGAAACAUGAAAAUUCAAAUAAACGCUCCGAUUUGAAGCUUUAAACACGGUUCUGACUUGUUGAAAGUCAUUUUUAAGACUAAAAAAAUUGCGAAAAAUUGAAAAAAAUACAGAUUAUGCUCAAAAAAAUCUUUGUCAGAAUUUUUUUAAAACGUAGAUCCAAUUAUGUAAAUAUUGAAGUAAAAAAAGCCGUUUUUUUUUUUUUUUUUUUGCCUUUCAAAAAAAUCUUCCACCUUCCAAUUUCCCUACUUUUUUUCAAUAGAUAAUGAAACUUUUGAUGACUUUUAAACUGUCCAACUAUUUUUAUUUUUCGACUAAAUUUUUCCCAAAACCAUAUAAACUACAGUAAUUCCGAAAAGGCUCAAAACGAAAAACUUGGACGUCUACAGUACUCCUUGCCUUUUAGUGGUCGCGCUGCCAUAUGCGCGGUAUUUAGUCCAUUUUCCCCCUAUUUAGCACCUAGACCCGCUAAUGGACGCCCAAAAAACACAAACAAAAGCGAUCCGCAAAAAAUAAUUAGUUGGGGUCGUAGGAAAAAAGGAAAGUUGAUCAGAUAACAGGGUAUCGAGACAAUAGACGCGUUUGUUCUUUGACAAGGAUCAUCUCCAAUAUUUUUCUUUGAGCUUCAGAUUUCAGAAAAUCUAUGGAAUCGAGGAAAAAAAAGGAGUUUUCUCAGAUCACAGGAAAAACUUUUAGAUCCAUUUUUUGAGUUAAAAAAUUUUAAUCGAAGUUUGGAAUACCUUAAAAUGCUGCCCAAACGCUUUUUCUCAAAAUUCUCCAACAUUUAAAGAUAUGUACUUUUGAAGUUGUUUAACACAAAGUUUCUCUCCCCGUUAAGCCUGGGAACGACAGAGUGGUCACUAGAGGGGUUGAAAAAAAAAAAAUCAUAUCUUCGAAAUUAGAAGUUAUUGAAGGAAGCGACUUUAAAGAUUUUGAUUUUAAAAUUUUAACUUUUAGAAAGUUUUUGAGCAGAUAUUUUAAAAAGCUGAGUUUUCACAGAGCUUUCCAAUUCCCCUUCUAUGCAAAAAUUCCACAUUGAAAUCAAAACCAAUUGAAAAUUGAUCAUCUCCAACUUCUGAAAGUUGGAAAUUUUGAAAAAAUAAAAUUUUUUUUCACAUAAUUUCCCAUGGAAUAUUGAUUAUAGGUUCAGAAUCACUCCAAGAAACUGUUGUACCGAUCUCAAUUUUCCUAGGAAAAAUUUUAGUGGCCACUUAAGGGGUUGCUGAAGUACUUGGAGAGGACACUUUGGCCACAAAACCACCUCUAGAAGCGACUAUUUUGCAUCUUAGUGGCCACUAUAGUAGUUCUUUUUAGUGGCUUCUAAUCCGACUACUAUAGUGACCACUUCAAACUUAAGUCCCUUUUUAAAAAUUUCCAAAUUACUCUGAAGUCCCGAUUUUGAUCUCAAAACAUUUAUUUUCUUCAGAUCGUCCUACACUCGAUGCACAAAUACGCUCCAACUCUGUCCGUUUAUCAGUACAGGUUCGUUAAAUCUUUCAAAAAAACCUUGACAUUGCCCAUUUCGAGCCGCCACAUCUGAAGAAGAUUCUCGGGUAGAAAUGAACAAAUUAUUUUUUACAAAUCAUUUAAUGAAUUAUUUUCAGCACGUGUGACCCGAAUUUCGAAGGAUUGGCGACUCCGGUCUUCCAAAGAACCUUCGGAAGUGCGGCUUUUGUCGCCGUCACGGCUUAUCAGGUUUGAAGUGACCUUUUUAAAUGGAAAUUAACUUUUCCUCGUUAUUUUUUUCCUUUUUUUAGUCAAUCUUCAGAAAGAAAAAUACAAAAAAACUUAAAAAAAUAAAGGUUUUUUUUAAUGGAAUAUACAAUAGAAGAAUAAUUGAAAUUUCGAAUUGUCAAAAUUUUUUUGAUUAAAAAAACGUACUUUUUUUCUCAAAAAAAGUGUUUUUUUAAUACAAUAAUUAGAUUUUUUUGGGAGGCUUUUUCUAUUCCAUUACAUCCUUUUUUUAAAGCUUAAAAAGAAGAGUUAAGAAAAACUAUUUUUUUAAAUCUUUUUUUGCCUUUUUUUGGAAAUUUUUCAGUCUCCAGGACCGUUCCUUUCAUGAAAUUAAAAAUAAACUUGAAAAACUUUUUCAUGUUUGUUUACAUUGUGUCUUUUUUUCAUUGAGUAAAUGAAGAAAAAAAUAGAAAAAAAGGGUUUCAUUUUUAAACAACAUACAAAAACAAGUUACUGAUAUUUAAAAGUUCAAAUUUCCACAUUUUUUUUCGACCAGUUUCCUGUUUCAAAUAUAUUUUUUCGGCUGUAGUUUGAAAAAAUUGCAAUAACAAGGAACAUUUCUUAGCACGAAUAAACUCCGGAAUAAUCGAUUUUUAUCUUGCUUCAAAAAUAAAAAAAGCCUUUUCUACUCUCAUUUUUCGCUUCCGCCUGUGAAACAAAAAUUUUUCUCGUAAUUUUAGGAGUUUUCAAACUGCAAUUAAAAAAGGUCACCUAGGAAGAUUUUUUUGAUUAUCAUUUUAAAAUAACUAUGAUAUUGAAAGAAGCGGCCCUUUGGACAAAGCAAAGUGCGCUCCACUGAGAAUUAGAGUUCUUUCCUAAAUUUUUCUAUAGAAGUGUCUUCAAAGCAACUUGAAAUUAUUGAACACUUUCUUUUAACACCAAAACUUGUUGCAGAACAACAACGUGAAGAACCUGAAAGUGGAGAAGAACAAGUACGCCCGAGGAUUCCGCAACGAACGCAAAAGGUCGUCUUCUUCGCCGGAAACACCGGAGAACUCGGCCAAAAUGAUGCCCCAGAACCCGGAAGAAGCUCUGCAAAUGCAGCAGCCUUGGUGUACCUUCCCAUAUCCUCCCAGUGUGAUUCCGGGCUACAAUUAUCCUUAUUAUGGCUAUGGAUGCUGA